AUGUACAAUACAAUACAGGUGCAGACUUUUCACCGGACCUAUAAGCCUACCCGAAAGAGAAAUGUGAUUGGUCUGCUUUCCUGGCCCUACCUACUUACAUCUAAAUCACACACACCAGAAACGCGUGUUAAGCAAACGAAGCUUCGAAGACGAAUGACGCAAUGCGCCACAAAUCGACGCACUCGCUCACGCAGCGACGUGUCUGAUUGGUCGAAAUCAGAGGAUGCCAACAUGGACGACCAAUCACAGCCGUUGAUAGAAGUUUCAAAGUGCUUCGAAACUUUAACACUAAUCGUAAGGGAAAGACACGUGCAGAACGAACGAAGCUUCGAAGAGAAAUGCUGCACUGCGCCACAAGUCGACGCACUCAUCCACACAGCGACGUAUCUGAUUGGUCGAAAUGAGAGGAUGCCAACAUGGACGACCAAUCACAGCCAUUGGUAGAAGUUUCGAAUUGCUUCGUAUAUAAUGUUAAUCGUAACGGAAACGUACAUAUAAUAAAUAUCAAAGAAAAAA